AUGUCCAUUUUACCCGUCUCGCCUCGAACCCACCAACGAUCGUUUGCCUCGUCGAAUUCGACUUCGACCGUCUUCGCUUCCUCUUCCUCGUCGUCGGACGAGUCCGACGAGCAGAUCGACAAUGUCACCUUUCCGCGUCCGCGGUCACCUCAAUCGCGCCGCAAUCAUGUCAGCACGAUGCGCAAGCUCGUCGCGGCUAGCAAGUGGAUCCAGUCGUCGUACUCGCACACCUCCAAGGAUCUCGAUUUUGGGUGCGCUGGUGAUUGGACCGGGCACGGCCCCGAGAAUUUGGUGAGUGUGUCGUCAAGUGGUCGAUUGCUCUUCGGUGGCCAGUGGCCGAGUUCUUUCUUACCCGGGCGCCGCCUAUGGCCGGACUCGGCGAGGGCCCGCGCGAUGUCGCUACGCCCCAUGCAUCGCCAUGAUUUUUUUCGAACAAUUUUUUCUCCGUGAUGUACACCAGACGUUCCCGAUAGUCUCCUCUUUCACACUCAAUCCCCUGCUGCUCUCGUGCUCUGCGCUGUCGCGUAAGGGUUGCGAAGCGUGGGAUCUGGCCCCAUCGACUUUGAGCACCUCGGACGUCUUUAGCAGCGCCCAGCGCGGAGACCGCUGGGGGCCCCCGUCGCCGAGACAGGUGUCUUGGACCUGGCGCGAGCGGACUCACGGCUGCACAAAAUAAUGAAACACCUCGCUUCGCGAAGGCUCGUGUAAUGCUUGCUGCAUGGACCAGACGGUGGUGUGGCACUAACACUACAACGAUGCGACUCGAUCGAGGUUGAAUCAAGUCGAGCCAGUCACAUGGAUCGUCGAAUUCUAGCUGACCCACUUGGCUGUAUCCUCCUCUGCGCGGAAACAGGGCGACCGAUACUACUCGAGCAUCCCAGGGGCUGCCGGCAAGCGCGCCUCGACUUCGUCGUCGAUACUCGUGCCGUCCUUGACGCAUUCCCGAGCCCAUUCAGCGUCGUCAGAUUUUUCUACCGUCUCCACCACCGAUUCCUCGCUACCGCCCUCUCCGACACAGGGGUCUUGUACCUCGUCGCCAGUCGCGCCGUACACCUCGCGCGUUCCCCUGACCCCUCGCUCCGCCCAUCGCCAACGCCAGUCCGACGAAAAUGCCGCAAUCGACGCCGUCAACGACUACUUUGUCCGUGUACGACUGAGUCAGAUCCGAGAAACAGUCGACGACGUCUCCUCCAAAUCUCCCGCUGCCUCCGCUCGUGGCUCCGUCUCUGCGCUCACCGUUCGAGCCGCACAGUCUUCCGACCUACUCGAGGGCCUCGGCAUCCGUGCGGACGUUCCCACCGAGUAUCUGGCAACAACAGCAGCCAAAAUUUCCAAGUCGGAGGCACCCAAGCUCGAAUUUGGGAAGGUUUUGCGGGGUUCAGGUGGCAGCUUCGACUUGGACUUUCAACUCGAAUUUGCCUACCUCGCACCCGAGUUCUCCACAUAUGCCGCCUUCCACGAUGCACCUUACCUCUUUGAUGACAGCGGGUCCUUGUCACCUAUCUCUUCUUUGGGAGAUUCAACCGUUCAGGUGUCGACACCACCCGCAAGAUCGCCCGGCAGCGAGAUCGACUCGACGCUCGAAGGCGAACUCGACGAACUUUCAGCAUACUUCGCCAACACGGUCCAAUCUCUGGCUUGCGACUCGUCCUCCGCCCCGACCACUUAUUCGCUUGCAACAUCUCACACCGAUUUGAGGCAUGUCGCUUCGACGCGCCGUCGACCUUCGUCGGUUCUUUUCCAAGCUACCGGUACUCGGUCGGUACCGACCAGUCCUCGGACGAGGGUCGACUACGCUUGGAUCUGA